GCAGAGCAGGAGGAACAGGCAGCAUGAGCUUCAGCAUGGAGGAGAGAGGCAGAGACAACACGGCCGACUACAGACUUUACUUCAGAAACGCAGAGGGGAAAUACAUAUCUCCAUUUCAUGACAUUCCCAUCUACGCCGACGAGGCCGAGAACAUCUUCCAUGCUGUCGUCGAGGUUCCUAGAUGGACGAAUGCAAAGAUGGAGAUCGCGACUAAAGAUCCUCUCAAUCCACUGAAGCAGGACGUGAAGAAAGGGAAUCUGCGUUACGUCAGCAAUGUCUUUCCUCAUAAGGGCUACAUCUGGAACUAUGGAGCCAUUCCUCAGACGUGGGAGGAUCCAGGCCACCGGGACGAAGACACGGGCUGCUGCGGCGAUAACGAUCCCAUCGACAUCUGUGACAUCGGGAACAAGGUCUGCUCUCGAGGAGAAGUCAUCCGUGUGAAGGUGUUGGGGACUCUGGCGCUGAUCGACGAAGGAGAAACCGACUGGAAAGUGAUCGUCAUAAACCUGGAGGACCCCGAGGCUGAAGACUUCAACGAUAUCGAGGACGUCCGCAGACUGAAGCCUGGAUUCCUGGAGGCCACACUCGACUGGUUCCGGAUGUACAAAGUCCCAGACGGGAAGCCAGAAAACCAGUUUGCCUUCAAUGGGGAAUUUAAGAACAGGGAUUUCGCCAUUAAAACGAUUAAGGACACUCAUAGUUUCUGGAAAGCUCUGAUCUCCAAGAAAACAGACGCUGGAGAGCUGAACUGUAUGAACACCUGCGUCUCUGACAGUCCCUUCUGCUGCUCCGCCGGUGAAGCCCAAGCCGUUGUGGAUUCAGUGAGUGUUUUCUGUCUCGCACACAGAAUUAUAAUUCAGUCUCCAGAAGCAUCUACACGUUUGGGAACUUUUGAGCAUAAUGAACCUCUGAUUGCAUUCUUUUCCAACAAUACCAGAGGUCUGUUUGGAUUUAAUCGUCGUUUAUGCAACAGCAAAUUGUUUAAAGAUGACUUUGAUUGAUAUGA